AUGACUGAGGACAAGAAAGAAACACAGUCUUCAAGUCCUGGUAACGCAAAAUGUUUUCCUCCAAUGCGUUACAUGGUAGCCUCGAUGACCUUUCUGGGUUUUGCGAACAUCUAUGCUAUGCGAGUAAAUCUUAGCAUGGCUAUUGCUGUCAUGGUCGCAAAUCAGACGGUUAUACACCACGGUAUGGAAGUUCAGGUACUGUUUUUUGAAAACUCACCAUAUCAAAGCGAGAGGUUACUGAAACUUCAGGUUAUUUAAUUCUUUAUUCUGAAGAGAACACGUUUCAUUUGUUAAUCACAAAGAUGUUUCCCUCGUUUCUCUAACAACCUUAGGAGCCUGCAGAGUUUUCAUGGACCACAAAAGUUCAAGGUAUUUCUGUCCCAUGGUUCUAUUGUUCCAUCGUUCCAUCGUUCCAUCGUUCCAUCGUUCUAUCGUUCCAUCGUUUCAUCGUUCCAUCGUUCCAUCGUUCCAUCGUUCCAUCGUUCCAUCGUUCCAUCGUUUUAUCGUUCCAUCGUUCCAUCGUUCCAUCGUUCCAUCGUUCCAUCGUUCCAUCGUUCCAUCGUUCCAUCGUUCCAUCGUUUUAUCGUUCCAUCGUUCUUUAUUUCCUUCGUUCCUUUCUAUCUUAUUACUGGACUAUUGAAUCAAAAUGAUAAUCAAUCCCUUCCAAUUAUUUCCAGGGGUAAUUCUCAGUGCUUUUUACUACGGCUACAUGGUAACCCAGCUUCCAGGUGGUGUUUUAGCACGAAAGUUUGGCGGCGCCACGAUCCUCGGAUUGAGUGUUGGAACCAGUGGGGCUUUGACAAUGUUAACACCUCUUGCUGCGCGUGUGCAUGUGGGGGUGCUAAUUGCCUUACGGGUCGCAAUAGGGAUGGCAGAGGUAAAAUUGAAAUUUAAUCCGUUUCUUAGUCUAUACAUUUGCAUAUUAUUUUACCUUUUUAAUUUUCAAGUUGAUCCCAUUGGUACUAAAAGAGUGUUACACCUCCCCUAUUCGUGGUCUUACACUUUUGUUUUUCGUAUAUUCCCAGGGAUUUGUGUAUCCGGCUGGACAUGCGCUAUGGAGCCAGUGGGCUCCUCCAUUAGAGAGGAGCACAUUAGCCACAUUCAACCCCGCUGGUAUCAUGAUUAUGACACUUCUGCCUUUUAAUAUGGCAUAAUUAUCAUAAUUUAACAUAUUUAAUCAUCACAAUUAAAUACAUCGGCAUAUGAUAGGGUCCCUGUUUCAAAUUAAAAGCUGGUCCAGUGCCCUCCCUCUUCUCCAUUACUUAAGUACCCUUCCGAGUUAGGUUUACCGAGCCCAUUUCCAAGUUUGUUAGAGGCUGUCUAUCGUAUUAAUUAUUAUCAGUAGCCCAUGAAUGGGCUUCAGUUAGUAUUAAUUAAAACAUUAUUUGAUUUAAAUUACCAAACACUCUAAAAAUGUCUCACUAGUCUAAAAAGCUUUCGAUUAAUUUUCCUUCUAAAUUAGAUAUUUCAUGCAUGAUGGAUGAAAAAAUUCUAGCAUAUUCUUCUUAAAUUCUGUUUUGUCAGGAUCAAGACUGGGUAUUAUUAUAUCAAUGUAUUUAUCAGGCUACCUCGCUUACAACAUCGGUUGGUCUUCCAUAUUCUACGUCUUUGGUAUGUAUAAAAUCGAAUGAAUUGAAAACCAGUCUCGUCUCCAAUAGUCCAUUUUACGGUUGCAUGCUUGCUUGCCAAGCCUUUGAUUAGGAGUGAAGCUAUAGGCGACCUUGUUACGAUUCAAACGUUGCUGCUUUUUAAAUGUAAAUUACUUUGUUAUCAUGCUAACUAGAUACUGGUCGCUAUCACAACAAGGUCACCUUCAGCCUCACUCCAAAUCAAAGGCUUGGCAACUAAGUACACAUCUGUAAAAUGGCCUAUUCACUUUUCCUUAUCAAAAGUGAGAAGCACUCCCAGAAGGAGGUUCAUUUAAUUCAGCACAUUUCCUUUCUUCUUCCCUGUGCAUUCGGGAAAGAGUUUGGACGACUCUUAAUUAAACUUGGAACUUAUUAAAAUGUGCUAUCCUCCUUUAGGAACCAGUGGUGUGCUGUGGGCUGUCAUCUGGUUCGCUUUGGUCAGGAAUUCUCCGUCGAAGCAGCCAUGUAUUUCUGCCAAGGAGUUAGAGUAUAUAGAGAGUAGUCUGGGAAGUGAUUUACAUGCUAAGGUAAAUGAAACGAGCCCUGAUUAACUGGCUUAGAACCCUCAAAAUGAAGUUUCUGUUUUAGCCCUUACGAGUAUUGGCAAACCUGAAGUUGCUUCUUGGGGUGCACUUAAGUGUCGUACCAUUUGAAAGUUAGCCAACCGUGUACAACUGGCAUAUUUUUUUUCGUAGUUUUGGUAUGAAAAUCAACAAAAAGGCAUCCAACCCUCCCCAAAAAGUUUUAAAUCUUUGAAAGACUGAUCCGAAAAUUUUCAUAAUAACCGUUUGGAAUUUUCUAAGAGAACCGCAGCUCCCAUAAAACCGCAACCGUCUAGUAUCAUUGGUUGAUUAAUCUUAUAGGUCACGCUUAUGCCUCUUUUGACAGGACGUUCCAAUUCCUUGGAAGUCAAUAUUUACUUCUUUACCACUGUGGGCCAUUAUGUUAGCUCAUUUUACGCAGACCUGGGGUCUUUACACCAUGAUGUCAGAACUACCUUUGUAUUUUAACCAGAGACUUCAUUUAGACCUUAAAAAGGUAUUGUGAAACUGCUCUACUAAUUUGACACUGAAAAACGGUGUCCACAUUCUUGCACAGGGACCCAUGCGGUUGAAGCGUAUCGCAGCUUUGUACCAGUAGGGGACUGGUAAAAGAUUGCUCUUCCCCAUUGCUACCCCUCUACUGCUAGUCUAUUGCGUGAGGUUAUGUUCCGUCAUUUUGUCAGUUUUUUACCUGGGUAGAGAUACGCAUUGUGAGAAUUAAGCGUCGUUAGUGAUAAUGGCGAGCACUAAUCUCGUUCCCAGAUCCUACCAUGUAGCUGAAAUGUAACUGCUCGGCCGUGGAGGGUCUAGGUAUGAGACUAGGCUGGGCCCCAAACUUAGACCUUGAGAGGCCAGUGGUUCGUUCCCCGACUCGAUGUAUCCUCAAGGGGAGGGGGUGCACUUUUAUCGGUUCCACGAGUUUCUCCCUUUUUUAACAACCAACACUUCAAACUGAAUUGCAGUUUCCAUACUCUUCCUAGAUAAUGAUAAGAAGUGAUUGCUGAAAGAUACGAGUUAGGUAUCUUGAGUAAAUAAUUUGUUCUAACGUUUUAGACCUCAGUGGCCUCAGCUUUGCCAUACAUUCUAGUUCUACUGGUUUUAAUAUCUGGAGGACGACUUGCUGAUUACCUUCGGAGACAUUUCUUGAGCACUGGAACAGUAAGAAAGAUCUUUAACACGUUAGGUAAAGUAUAAGAAGGUUAUGGUAUUGCUUGAGGAAAAUCAUUCCCUUGUCUAAAACAACAUGAAAAAGCUGAAGUUUCCUGAAGUAUUUCACACACACAUAAACUUGAGUGGAAGAUCAGAGAUUUUUGGUGGGUUUAAGAAAAUCUGUCUCAGAUGCAUUUACUUCUACGCCACAGUUUCCUCUUCCCUUCCUCCUCGAUGCUCCUCCCUAACCCCCACCUCUGAUCUGUGCAAGCGCGCACCUCCGAAAAACAUAUCUUCUCCGAUUUGGAAAUCGGAAGGGAUUCGGCUUGGCUUAGUUUUGAAGCGUUUUCUUUCGGUUGCUUUCCUCUUUGCCAGUCCCGCGUCUGUCUGUCCCAGGUCUUAAGUUAUUGAGACGAAGCGCUGUUGAACGACAAUUGAAACGAAGGAGUGGCUUGGGUCGAAGUUACGUUAUUGGACUCAGGCCUUCCUCGUUUUUUCGCACCGCCGCUACCAUCACGCCGUUUCUUAUUUCGCGCCGCUUUACCAACAGGCUAGUUCUGCGUGAGGACUGGAAUAAGUGAUAGGUCUUUAUUAGUGACGAUAGGGUUUAAAGUUUGGCUGAGGUUUGAUCGAACUGUAAAGUGGAUAUGUCUUUUCAUCAAGGGUCAUGGCGUGGCGGGCAGAGGAAGGUUGGGUCCAGGGAAGGGGAUGAAAUAAUUAAAUCAAACGAAUUCCGUAUUCAAUUUUUUGUCAUGAUAAUCCUGUUCUUUCCUUAUUUUAGGAUUUUUACCAAUGGUAAUUUUUCCAAUAGCAGCUGGUUACGUCAAAGAAGCAGACCAUACAACUGCUAUAGUGAUGAUGACGCUAGGAAUAGGCCUAAAUGGUUUUUCUGAGUCAGGAUUUUUGGUGAAUCCUCUGGACAUUGCACCAGCACUGGCCAGUGUACUGAUGGGUGUCACCAACACGGCGGCUACAGUGUCGGGAAUUAUCAGUCCCACCCUGUCGGGAUUUAUCGUGCAAUAUCAUGUAAGAACGCGUGAAGUGUCAUUACGACGAUUUUAAUAACGUUAAAUCAAUGUUUUUCAUUUUACAAUUGAUAAUCCUAUCCGUGGAUGGGAAUUAUAGUGACAAAUUUUUCACGAGGUUUGGUUUGUAUUAAAAUUUCACGCAAUUUAUGUUCUUUUUGUUUGAUUCCAAGUUCGGCUUGCUAGCCAGUCAAUCAGUCAGGCAGAGAUUUGGUUGGCAUGUCAUCGAUUCAGUCAUAGUAAGUCAGGGGGUCAGUUAGUCAAAUAAGUUUGUCAGACAAUCAUGAUCAGUCAAUAAGCUUGUCUGUCAGUCACUCAGUCAGUUUGGCUGACAAAUGUUUAGUCCCUCGUUCAUUCAUUCAUUUAUCCAUUUUUUCAUUCAUUCGUUUAGACAGUCAAUCAGCCUGUACUUCAAUCAGUCAGCCGGUCAGUCUGUCAAUUAGUCAGAAAGUCAGUUUGUCUGUCUGUCUGUGAGACGUCCUUCUUUUCUUUCCUAACAGAGUGCCGAAGAAUGGAGAAUGGUUUUUUACAUAAACGGAAUAGUCUAUCUCAUUGGUGGAACAUUUUACUUGCUUUUCGCCUCCGGCGAGAAACAACCCUGGGCCAACGGAACCGACUGUGACAAGCUAUCUGACAAUGAGUUGACAGCGGAUGGUAGCAAAGAAGAAUAA